AUGGACGACCACGACUUGCCCGACCUGAGUCUCAUCGCAGCCCCGAUGGUCAACCAGUCUGAUCUACCGUUUCGUUUACUAACCACCAAAUACGGAGCAACGCUGACCUACACCCAAAUGUUGCACCCGAACCGUCUGCUCGACGACCCCGAGUACCUCGCCUUCCACCUGCGCGAUCUUGCGAUAUCGCAGCAGCUCCAACAACCGGUAGUCGUGCAGCUAUGCGGUAAUGAUCCAGACGUCGUGGUGAAUGGUGCUAAGAAGGUUGUGGGUGAAUGCAAUGGUGUAGACCUGAAUUUGGGCUGCCCGCAAUCCCAUGCAAAGGACGGUCAUUACGGGGCCUACCUCCUUGGACAGAAAGAUUGGCCAUUAGUAGCAAGCAUCGUCUCGUCCUUGUCUCAAUCUCUGACGGUCCCAGUCUCUGCGAAGAUCCGUCUAUGCUCUCCCUCCUCCCAGACACUCCAGUUCGCUCAUCUCCUGGAGGCGGCAGGUGCCUCUUGGAUCACCCUCCAUGCACGGCAUGUGAGCGUGCGACGGCGUCGUCAGGGCGCAGCAUUCUUAGACGAAGUAGCAAAGCUGAAGACGGGCAGUGAAGCGGUACCAGGCGUCAGUAUCCCCGUAAUUAGUAACGGGAACGUACGAUAUUGGGAAGACAUCCCAAGAAACCUGGAACAGACGGGGGCCGAUGGCGUGAUGGUCGGUGAGACACUACUGAGGAAUCCGUGUUUGUUUGACAAGACAGGCAGAAUUCCGGAUCCUAUCCUAAUUUCGCUGGAAUAUAUUGAUUUAUGUCGCCAGCACCCCGAAACAGUCACACUGGACCAAAUACAGGCGCACGUCAAACACUUGGUCGAGUUCCAGUGGUACGUACGCACCCUUGUUUGA